CCGAGAUGCCGUCUCCGCCGCGGCCGUCGCCGCUGCCCUCGGCCUCCGCAGUCGGUGCCGGUCGCCCCCUCUGGCUGGAGCCCGCCCCUGGAGCCGGGGCGCCCGGCCCGGCGAUGCAGCCGAGCCGGGGCGGCCGCAGAUGGGCGACUCCUUCGACGAGGUGCUCCGGCGGGCGGAGCGCCUCGUGCAGAGCUGCGCCACCUGGUCGCUGCCCGAGGAGGCGCCAGAGGCGCCGUGGCCGGCGGAGCGCCCCCCGGCACGGGAGCCGCAGCCCCCGCCGCCGGAGACGCCGUGGCCGCGGGAGCCGCUGCUGGCCGCGGCGGAGGCACCUCCGUCCCGCUUCGCCGCCAGCGCCCCCGCGGCCCGCUGGGCGGAGCCUGCUGCGAGCCUGUCCGGCGACUUCUCGAACAGGAGCUUCCACGCCCUUGAAGCUGCGGUCAGCCGGGGCUGCCCGCCCGCCCCCGCCGCCGCAGCCGCGGGCAGAGGUGGCGGCCCUGUGGACGCCCUCGGGGGCGCCGGGCUCGGGAGGGCUGCGCGGGCGGGCGCCGCUGGCUCGGCCGGCUCCGCCGCCGGCAGCGCCGCCAGCCCCGGCUUCUUCUCCGGCCUGGCCGGCAUGGGCAACGCUGACGCCGCUGUGCUCGUGGACGGCCUGGAGCGGGAGAAUACGCUGCUGAGACAGCAGCUGGAGCGUUGCUCCGCGCGAGAGAGGCAGGUGCGGGCAGAGGCGGACGACGUCCGGGAACAGCUCGCGGCGGAGGGGCAGCGGGACCAGCAGCAGCAGCUCAGCGCGAGCGCCUCGAUAGAGGCGGAGGGGGCCAGGGUCCGGAGCGCGGUGCAGCGGCAGAGCGAGUACGCGGGCGAGGUGGCGGUGCGCCUCGAGGGGUUGCGCGCAGAAGGCGAGCGGCGCAGCGCCAGCCUCGCGCUGACUCUGGCGGAGGUGGAGGCCGUGACCCGAGACUUAGAGGAGUUGCGGCAGCUGCUGCUACCAGCGUUGGCGACCAGCUUGGAACAGGCGGAUGAGGGGCCUGCCGAGGACUGGGCCAGCGUGCAGCGCCUGCGGCGCGCCGCCGGGCAGCUUCGGCCGGCGUGCGAGGCCAAGUUCGAGACGCUGGGGCUGGUGCAGCAGCGGCUCCGCGGUCGCCUGGAGGUUGCCGUGCUCACCGCAGAGCUCCAGGAGAUGCACGGCGAGGUGGACUACGAGCGGGCCCGCGCCGAGGAGGCCAUCCGGCAGCUGUCGGAGGGGGAGGACGAGCACCUCCAAGCGGCGCGGAAGCUGGAGGGCGCGCGCCGCCUCCUCCGCGUGAAGGAGGUGGAGAUCAAGGAGCUCCAGGCCCUCGGGAAGUACCUGUCUGGGCGCAGUGGGCCGUCUCCGCCGCCUCCGGAGCUGAGCCCGGCAGAGCUGGCAGAGGCGCUCAAGUCCCAGUGCGACAGCCUGGCUGCAGAGGUGGAGCAGCUCCGCUCGGAACGCGACCUGCUAAGCGCCGAGCGCGCCCGCGACAACCUCCUGGAUUUCGACAGCCCGGCCGAG